AUGCACCUUAUGAAUCCACUCACCGGCGCCCAAUUCCCUCUCCCUCCGGUGACAACCUUACCCUUCGUCGCAGCCGUUCGCGACUCCCAAGGACGAGUCACCGGCUUCAUCUUGAACCGGGAGCGACGUGCAGAUGGCACCGCGAUCGACCGACGGCCACCACACACGUACAGUUUACCGGAUGCGCAUCGCGUAAUGUUCCACAAGGCCAUACUCUCUGCGGCCCCCGACGAAGGCAGCGGUUUCGUCGUCAUGAUGAUCUGUAACAUUUGGAGGGCUUCGGCCUUCGCUCGAGCUGAGGACAAGGCCUGGACAUACAUAGACACGCCUGUUUCCGGCACGGUCGGGGCAUGGGAACCCCAUGGGCUUUCCUUCAAGCCUAAGGUUAUCCCUGUCGACCUGGAAGGCGAAGAGUUACUCGGGUACACCAUGUACUUGGUGGAGUCCCUGGACGGUAGCCUAAUGCUGGUUUGCAGAGACCGGGAGCUCGUCGGUAUGGGGCCUGAACUGAUCAAGACCAGUAUGUUCUUGAAGGAGCAGGAGCUCGAGUGGAAGAAGCUGAAGAGCUUGCAUGAGCAGACAUUAUUCUUGGGGGGGGUAACCAACCAUUCGAUGUGCAUGUCCACCAUAGACUUCCCAGAGCUGGAAUGGAAUCGUAUAGAUGAUGACUUCCGAUGGUCGGAGCAGCUACGACAUCAACGUCAUGACAUAGGAAUAUUCUACAUGAUGGUUGCUGUGAUCAGUUGUCAGCUAAGAAACAUUGCUGAGGCUGAGCAAUAUGAAGUAGCAGAUCAUGAAAACUUGUCAUGA